AUGAUUCAUCAGAACCUGAACUUGUAUCAUAGCCCGAGAGAUCGUCGUAAUCAUCCGUUUGGGGAUCCGAGUUAUCCCCCUCGACAUACACUCCCUCCGUUCUCCUCCCUCCCCUCCUCCGCCUCCUUCUACCUCUCCCUCUCCGCCUCCCCUCCCUUGUAUGCCCUGUUCCUUGUCUUCUUUCUCCUUCCAAUCCUUGUUCCAAUUCUUCUUCACUUUCUCCUACUCCUGUUCCUGCUGUUCCUCCUUCCUCCCUCCUCCUUCUCCUUCUUCCUCCUCUUCCUCCUCUUCUUCUCCCCCGUCUUCUCCCCCGUCUUCUCCUUGUUGUAG